CACAACCGCCGGUUGGCCGCACAAGCGCUGGCGUCUCCUCCCCUCCCGGCGGCUGCCGUUUCCGUUCGACUCGCCGGAGCGGACCAGCCGUCGAAGCCUAGAUGGCGAAGGGCGAUGAUGCGUUGGCGCGGAAGCGCAACCGGGUGCGCCGCAAGCGCCUGCGCAGCAGCGAGAACGCUGUCUCCGCGCGGGUCGCGGCAAUCAUCGCCUCCAAGCGCCGCCGCAAGUCCGGGAAGCGCCGCGGCUGCGAGGGCAUGUGCUUCUCGCUCCCCACGCCCGAAGACCCCUUCAACGAGCGCCACGGGAAGAAGCGCAAGGACGAGGAGCCGACCGACGACACUGCUGACGCCGCCGUCGUGGCCAAGGACGACAACCCCAAGAAGGACGGGAACACUAAAAAGCGGCAGCCGGCCAAGGUCGGGACUAAGACCAAGUCGAAGGCCAUACGCGAGGGCGCGACGGAAACGAAAGAGGGCGGCCGUGUGGACUUUGACCGGCCGUCCAAGUUCCUGGUAGUCUGCCUUAACGCCAUCCGGGAUGCUGUAGCGCCCGAGGACGGCGGCGGCAGCAUCCAUGGCGCCGGCGACUGGGGCGUGGAGCUCUGGAGGUGCUGCUGCGCCCCGGCGCCGACCGACGUGCUCGAUACUAGCGGCUCGUGCGCCACGCUGGAACAGACAGCGUGGCUCGUCUCCACCGCCUGCGACAUCGUCGCCAGAAAGGAGAGGCUUGGGAUGGUCGUCUCCUGCCCCUUCCUGCUAUACCUCGUCCCGUCCCAGGAAAAGGCCGCGCGAGUGCGAUCAAUAUGCAAACCCCUGAAGCCUCUUGGGAUUCAUUCAGUGAGCUUGCAUCCUGGCGCUUCCAUUGAGCACCAGAUCUCUGGACUGAAAACUUGUGAGCCAGAGUUUCUUAUAGCUACCCCUGAGAGGCUUCUUGAACUUGUGUCAUUAAGGGCAAUUGACAUAUCAGGUGUAUCAAUGAUGGUCAUUGACGGAUUGAAAUAUUUCCUGGACCUUAGUGUCAGUGACAAAAUCUUUUCUAUUAGAGAUGCCAUAUCAAGCAAUCUUCAGAUAACUAUCUUCACUGACCCAUCUGACCAAAGUGUCGCAACUAUGGCUAAAAAUCUUCUCCGUGGAAGAAUUACAAAGCUCUCGAUCGACGAUUCUGUUUCUUCUCGAAGUGCUUUUGUAAUGCAGCAUGUACACUUCUGUCCGUCGGAGGAGCUGAAAACAUCGAAGGUCAAGGAAAUUCUAGAGCUGAUUUUGCAUAGUCAUGCUAAAAAGUCAUCAAAGGUUCUGGUAGUAGCUGCAAGCAAUCAAAAUGCACAGCACCUAUCAUCAUCACUUAAACUGGAAAAUUGCACAGUGACUGAUGACGCACAUAGCAACUCUUUUACCAUAUGCAGCAGUGUGGGGCUGAUGAAUGUACAUGUUAAAGACCGGGAGAACAUGGUGCUGACAGAUGUAGAGGAAUUUGAGACUGUGUUGGUGGUUGAUCUGCCUCCUUCAGUCGAUGAAUACAUUGAGAUCCUCACUGGGGUUGCUCGUCAGAUGAUUGGAGGGGAGGUCCAUAGUAUCUUCUGUAGCACUGAUGCUCCAGUUGCGAAACCUUUGGCUGAGCUUCUUGCAAACUGCAGGCAGGUGGUGCCUGAAUUUCUCAAAAAAUUGGAGUCUUCAUAGCAGACUUGAUUACCAUAUGGGAGUAGCCAGAUUAUAUCCUGGUGAUUCCGGUUAGUCGCUGUGAAAGGGUGUCUGGCCGGAUUGGUUAGGUGGCCUCAGUAGCAUUCCUAAGGUCCUGGGUUCGACUCCCGGUGGGAGCGAAUUUCGGGCUGAGGUUAAAAAAAUCCCCUCGUCUGCCCACACGCCAAAGCACAUGGAAAUAGGUCCCGGCUCACCCCGGCCCGCUCUCACACGGGUUACGGUAUGGGUUACGGCGCCCUGUGUAAGGGUGGGGGCAGGGGUUCGGGGGUUUUCUCGGCCUGCGUGAGAGGUCCUUCUUCUUACAUUAAUGCCCGAGGGGCGACUUGCCCCUCGCGGGUCGAGUUUUUUUAUUCGGGUUAGUCGCUGCCAUUCCCGCUUCUUGUCACCAGUCAAUUUUGUCAUUCCUGGAUGUAGUUCAUUUGUAAUUGUAAGCACGACAAUGAUAUUCAGGCCUCUGCCUUGAAUACUACACUACCACUACUAGCUCUUGUUGUGAAAUGUGAAUGCCUUGAAGACCAUUUUCUGGUACUGGAAGAA